AUGGCGCUGCACCGCAAACUCGCUGGCAAGGAUUCUAGGGCACGUCAGGCUAACAUCAUUGCGAGUUCCAUUCGCGUCUUCCGGGUCAUCGAAGGACUGGCGGAGCUCCCGUAUCUCUCGCCGCUCAAACCAAUUUGCGGGCUGGCAAUCGCGGUAUUAGACGUUGUACAAACCCUUACGAAAUUGACGGACGAUCACGCAGAGUUGAUUUUGCGUAUUCAACAGCUCGCUCAAGUCCUCGAGCCAAUGAAAAAUGAUGCGCGAGCAACCGUCUCAGAGGUGGAAGACCUAGAGAAAACGCUAGAAGAGGUACUCGUUAUACUCAAAGCGGAGGGACGUUUGAGUCGUGUUCAGAGGGUACUCAAGAUGCAAGAGCUCAAGAACAACAUCUUAACGUGCACCGCAAAACUUGAUUCUUGUAUUCAACGCUUUACCGUCACAUCGUUACUUCGAAUAUACCAGCUAUUGAUCGAAGACAGAGACGAGAUAAAGAUCUUCAGAUCUGAUCUAGAGCUAUUCCGAAGACUUUGGCACCCGAAUCUCCAUAAGCUAAUAGGGCAAUCACCCUCAACAGCCGAGUUGCCCUUCCUAGUUUUCUCAGAGUAUGAAUCUGGCGGCGUGAUUGGGUAUAUUGAUCGUCAACUAGCGGGAAACGGGUCAGUUGUUGAUAGUUUCAUGGUGGCAUUGCGUGUUGUAUGUCCAAACCAGUCAGGAAUGGAAUACCUUCGUACAGAAUGCAUCGGACUUCAUCAACGCGAACUAGAGGCAUGUUUUGAUCCGUCUAAUAUCGUGCUGACACCAGACGGCCAGCCAAUUGUUGGGCACAAUCUGGUUAUCAACGGGCCGAAACUCGUACCUAUGCAACAAUCGCCGGGGCUAGAUGCAUGGAUGAAGAUACAACUUCAAGAUUUUGUCAAUUCCUUUACAUAUAGAAAAUUGGAUCUCUCCGACUGGGAUCUGCUUAUGGCUCGUAAACACGGACGACGAGCUAGCCACAUACGCCUGCUCGAACACUUUACUUCCCAUGCCAUCCCGAGCUUUUCGGAAGCGGCUGAAUGCUUCGAAUCACUCCUUGCCUCCCUCGAGCCAAUAUAUCAGCGUCGUGAACUCACCUUCCAGACCAUCCGAUCUUCAGCGAUUCAGACAUGGACCGGGGCAUAUGUCUAUCGACCCGCCGACGCCAUCGAUUGUGCGCUAGGCGACAUUGGAUACAUGCGUGACGAUGGGAAGUUUGUCGUCUUGACCAAUGAAUCAGACCCGGUGGUGCUGAGUGUGUAUGAAGACUCAGUGGUCUCAUUGAAAUCGGACAGCAAGGAUAUUGUCAAGGGGUCUUCCAACGGGACUGGAGUGAUACGGCAUCAAUUUGGGAAAACUCACUUUGCAUCAAUACGGCAUUCCGUAACAUCAGAAAUAUGGAAUACUUGGGACGCAUGGAGCCAUCUCAUUGCCCGCGCGAAGCCAAUAUGUCGGGCGUUCUCUACGGAUGAGAUAGAGUUGAAGAUCACCGAUCUAGUCUUCAUUGUUGGAGUGGAGGAGAACCUCCGAGUCUCUACCUUCGAAAGGAAAAGUGACUCUGACGAAGUUCCGAGCCACGUCGAAUAUAUAGAAUCGGAGAAUGCAGAGGAGGAGCCACCUUGGGGGAAGUGGUACCCAGAAACGCCAGACGUGCGAAUAACAAACAAGAGCUGGGCGCAGAGUCUUCUCUUCAUCCAACUGGAAGAAGAAGAUGUGGAAUAA